AACUUAGGAAUCAAAAACUACAAAGCCGCCGCAGUUGGCGUCACUAAAUUUUCUCCACUGCACGAUAAAGUGUUAGAAGAGAUUGGAAAAGAAAUAAAGAGAGAAUUAAAGAACUACUCAAAAGAUCCGACGAACACGUACAAGUAUCGAGGGGAGUUAGAGAAGCUUGCUGAUUUCCGAAAUGACCAUUUGAUUACAGAAAUCCAACAAAAAGCACCCAACUUGCAUUGCCUUGUUUCUUCGUCAUUUCCAAGGAACAAAAAAGUAAAGAACGCGAAAAACGAGGAGGCAUUGAUCUUUGCAAGCAUUCUGAAUCCAUGGAUUCCGAACUCUUAUUUUACAUUUAGGAUUAACACCAUUCUAGUGCUUGGAGGUUGUAAGACGGAGGAGAUGGACUGUUUUAAGGAGCUAGGCCUCGCGAGCCAUCCUAAAACCGUGCGAAACAUGCAGAAGAAA